GGUAGACAAACGGAAAAAUGAGAUUUACCGACAACUUUACAUCCAUCCAUGGAUCUGAUAAGCUCAGUGAUUGGAUACUAAAAGCUUAAGGUUCCACAUUAAAUUACAAGUCGCGACUAAGAAGGCAAAGAAGGCUGCGACCAACUUCUACAUAGUACAUCUUUUAAUUUCCUUGUCGCAAUUCGAAACUUUCCUUUCCCAACCUUUCAUACAACCAAGAACUUGUCGAUUUUUCCUGGAUUACUUCCCACCCCUUCAUAUGACCGUAGAGAACUGCAUACUCUUCAAAAUUUUUGACCUGACGGUUCAUCUCCCGUAAAUACGCCAUCGUUCGACAGUCCAAUUAUUACCCUUCGACGCCAUGUCGACUCUAGCGGAGGAAUUGCUGCAGGACUUUGAGGACUCUGGGUCCGAAAAUGGAGAGGAGCAAAAUGAUGUCGGUAUCGAUCUUGACGGGCCAGCCACUGGCCCCCCAGCGAGUCACGAUGAUGGUGAAAUGGUCCUGGACGGUGAUGAAGAAGAGCCCGACGAGGAUGAAGAGAUGGGUGGCGUGAGUAUAGGCGCUGUCGAACCCGUGGAGGAUGAAGAAGCUACCAAGGCCAAAGUUGAGAAGAUGCAGCUGGGCGGAGUUAAAGAUAUCCGCAAGGUCACUACUGUUAUGGACAGGUUGGACCCUUUACUUAAGGACAUCGCCCACUACCAAGCAAAAUCUCUCACUCCGCACACGACCAAUAUAGGUAAUAUUGAGGACAACCCCGAGUACAAGAUCCUCACUGAAUCCAAUACGCUCUCCACUCAGAUCGAUGGCGAGAUCAUGAAGGUCCACAAGUUCAUCCGAGACCAUUACUCGGCUCGAUUCCCCGAACUUGAAACCCUCGUUCAGAAUCCGAUCGAGUAUGCGAAGGUCGUGGCCAUUUUGGGAAAUGGACCUAUGGAUUCGGAUAGCAUUAGAGCACUUCAGGGCUCCGCCGACAAUCCUCUGGGCGAAUCGCUUAAGUCGGUUCUAGACGGACCUUCUCUGAUGAUUGUUACCGUCGAAGCUACUACUACGAAAGGCCAUGAAAUAAGCCAGGAGGAGCUCGAACGCAUCCUAAGAGCCUGCCAUAUGAUGAUCAAGAUGGAAAAGGCCAAGAAAACACUUACGGACUACGUGCAAUCUCGAAUGAACAUUUUUGCCCCUAAUCUUACAGCCCUAGUUGGAUCCUUAACUGCUGCGCAACUCAUUAAUACAGCCGGAGGUUUAACUAAUCUUUCACGGGCUCCUGCCUGCAAUCUUGCCGCUUGGGGUUCCAAACGAUCGGGCAAUACGGCAUUCGCCACCAAUGUGGGUGUAAAGCAGCAAGGCUACUUGUAUCAUUCACCAAUUAUCCGAGGUAUCCCAACCGACCUAAAGAAGAAGGCUAUGAAGGCUGUGGCGGCAAAACUCGUCUUGGCUGCACGUGCAGAUACCGGCCACACGAAUUCUGAUGGAUCUUAUGGCGAAGAGCUCAGGACUCAAUGUUUAGAGAGGUUAGAUAAACUGACUGAACCGCCCCCGAACAAGGGUCAACGAGCCCUGCCAGCCCCAGAUGAUAAGCCCUCACGUAAGCGAGGUGGACGACGGGCUCGCAAAGCCAAGGAGGCAACGGCGAUGACUGAGCUUCGUAAAGCACAGAACCGCAUGGUGUUCGGUAAGGAGGAGAAGGAAACAGACUACGGAAUUGGAGACUCUACUACGGGCAUGGGAAUGAUUGGCCAAACGAAUGACGGGCGGAUUCGUGGAGUGCAGAUUGAUAACCGUACACGAGCGAAGCUUAGUCAAAAGCAUAAAGGUUGGGGAGGAGCUACGCCUAUUGGCGGUUCGGCUUCGUCAUUGCGCGGCUUCGGCCAAUCAGGCGGCAACAUCGACCUCCGCGGUAAGGGUCUACGAACUUCAGGGGUAGGAUCCACCAUCGGAGGAGGUGCUGGAACAGCCUCGUCCCUAGCAUUCACGCCGGUACAGGGACUCGAGCUGGUGGAUCCAAAGGUUCAAGCCGAGCUUAAUCGCAAGCGAAAGGCGGAGGAGGACCGCUGGUUUAAGGGCGGUACCUUCACCCAGGUCGCCGGGGGUGGGACUUCUAGUGCCAACGGCGGCUUCAAGGUCCCCGAGCACCCUAACAAGAAAGUCGACACCGGCGCUGGCAAGAUGGGACCGCCGGCGCUACCCGCUAAGAAAUAAGGGGCGGGCGAAAUACCGCGCUGUUAUUACUGUAGGAUCAGUGCGUGAAGUAAGGGACUUCUUUUUUUUGGUACAACGUGCGUACGCAAGACGAAAUAUAUAGGUAUAAAGCAAGGCAUGGAGUUCUAAAGGGACGGCGGGGUUCGGUUGCAUGGCAUUGGCGUUUCUUGGAAUGGGAAUGGGGGCCUAUCGUAGUGUGCAGUGUAUAGUUACUUAAAACUUAAACUACGGGAUUUGAAGCCAAAUCGGCUUAGUCUUUUGGUAACUAGUUUUUUCUACUUCUUUUCUUUAUACCUAC